UGUAUUUGGGUAUAUAAACACCAGUGCUGCUCUCUUCUUUCUCCCCACAACAAAAUUUCCAAUUUCAAUUAAUACAAACACAUGGGCAACAUACUGCUUGAGGCGCUUAAUGUCCGAGUCGUCGGCUCCAGCGACAAAAUCCUCGUUUUGGCUCAUGGGUUCGGCACGGACCAGUCGGCUUGGCAGCGCAUUCUUCCCUUCUUUACCCCUUACUACCGCGUCAUCCUUUAUGACCUGGUCUGCGCCGGCAGUGUCAACCCGGAUUACUUCGACUUCCGACGGUACACCACUCUCGAUGCCUACGUAGAUGACCUGCUCAACAUCCUCGACGUUCUCGGCGUCGAACGAUGUGCUUAUGUUGGUCACUCUGUCUCCGCCAUGAUCGGCCUCCUGGCGUCCAUCAGACGCCCUGAACUAUUCUCUAAGCUCAUUCUUAUCGGCGCCUCUCCCAGGUUCUUGAACGACGAGGAUUACCAUGGGGGAUUCGAGGAAGAGGAGAUCGAGAAGGUGUUCUCAGCUAUGAAGGCGAACUACGAGGCCUGGGUCAACGGGUUCGCGCCGCUAGCUGUCGGAGCCGAUGUACCACUUGCGGUGCGUGAAUUCAGCCGGACCCUUUUCAACAUGAGACCAGACAUAACUUUAUUCGUAUCGAGAACAGUGUUCAACAGUGAUCUGAGAGGAAUUCUAGGGUUGGUCAAGGUUCCUUGCUGCGUAAUUCAGACAGCCAAAGACGUGUCUGUCCCCAUGUCGGUCGCCGACUAUCUCCGCAGCCAUUUGGGUGGCCGCACCACCGUCGAACUGCUCAAGACCGAAGGCCACUUGCCACAUUUAAGCGCGCCGGGACUCCUGGCUCAAGUCCUCCGCCGAGCACUUUCCCGGUGAGACUUCCUUAAUAAUUAUCUAAUUGUUUUUUUUUUUUUUUUUCUUUUGGAAGUUUCUGCUAGAGGUGGACAGUAACAGCGGGGCCAUCCGAAAAAGAAAGAAGGGGAGAUGUUGACACGUGGCGAAAUGUGUGGAUGUUAAUUGAUGGAAUGGUUAUUUCCUGUUUGGGGAUGAUUAGUCAAAAGGAUAAGAGUAUCCACGUGAUGAUCACGUGAUGACGUAUCUAUUUUAGGUUUCCUCUUUUUGUUGUUGUAUAUUUUUUGUCAUUGGCGAUAAGUAGCGAGCAACUAGCAAUAUAAUGAAAUAUCAUUAAUCAACACUUUGUACUUUUGUAAGAACUA